CGGCUAGUGCACAAGGGCUUGGUUUGGACAGCUGUGUUUGAGGACAAAGAGCUACGGACCGGGCCGAGUGACUCGUCACUUGCCGAGGUUGGAACCGCUUUUUCAACGUCCACACUUGGACCGGUUUGCCUCUCAUCUAGAGACUCCCAGUAGGGGAAAGACGCCAUGCCCACAACACGGUCUACGCCAGCUGACCGGCCACGGACCCGGCAGAGGGUUCACAAGCCCCCGCCAGCGCUAAGCGUGCCAGAUAUUGACGAGGAUGCGGCCGAGCGUAAGCGUGUGUUAAACGUGCUUGCCCAGCGCCGGUAUCGGCGACGCAAAAGGGAGGCUCGUCUUGGAGCUCGAGCACCACACGAGGGCUCUCCCCAAUCUCAGAGGAGUCAGAGCCCAGGAGCGCCCCCGCAGGCAACAUCUCCGCAGGAGACAUACUGCCAGCCAGAUGUACCGGCUGCCCUACCAUUCGACCUGGCCAACGCGGCGCAGCCUCUGUCACUCACCUUGCUCAGCGGCGCAUUCAGCACACCCUCGACCUACACCUCAUCGUCGGCCUCAGUGCCCAUCCCCUCAAUUCCUCUGACAACCAAUAACUACUACUACGCACCAACCACUACUACCACCACCACCACCACCACCACCCUCGGCUCUCCCAUCCCAACAACCACAAUCACAACAACAACAGCCGAAUCCGAAUCCGAGUCGGAGUCCUUCGCAGACAGCUAUUACCUCCCCGUCCCACCCCUGACCCUGCUCCGCGCGCUAGUGCGCAUCGCCACCCGGCUCAACGCCAUGCCGUCGGCCCUGUCCCUGAGCGCCGCCUCCCCCUUCACGACGGGCCGCGGCGCCCCCGACCCGUCCCAGCUGCCGCCCGCCUGGCGGCCGACGCCGACCCAGCUGGCCGUGCCGCACCACCCGGUGCUGGAUCUGUUGCCGUGGCCUGCGGUGCGCGAUCGGAUGAUUGGGUAUUUGAGUCUUGGUCUGGAGGAGAAUAUCAGUAACAGUAGUAGUAGUGGUAAUAGUGGUGGUAAUGGUAACGGUUCGGGGAGUGUGACGGGCUCGCUGCUCCUGGAUUUUAUUUAUGACAUGGAAGAUGGGGCCGAGGGGAUCAGGGUGUGGGGUGCCGAUCCGUACGACGAGGCGAACUGGGAGGUUGGGCAGGCCGUCUUUGAGAGGUGGUGGUUUGUCUUUGAUAAGCGGGUUGUUGAGGUGAGUAAUCGCUGGCGGAGGCGGAGAGGCGCCGAACCGUUGAGGAUUGCCGGAGCGUAGUAGUGACAGGUGGAGGAGAGGACCGUGAGGGGAGGCAGAAGUUGUUGUUUGUUGUUGUCGUCUUUGGACUCUUUUUGCUUUAGGCUGUCGAGUGUUUUAUGAUUAUUUAUCUCGGUACCAUACAGCGCAUAGGCCAUGGUUGCCUGUAAGACUUGCGCUCACAAGCAG